AUGGAAUCAGUCAUGAAGUCUGCAGCGGCAGCUGUGUUACCAGCUUCUGCCGCCGCCAUUGCUGCUGCUGGUUUCUGGUUGGACUUCAAGUUUUACAUCAGGUUGGACAUUGCCCAAAUCCAGUGCUUGAAAGCAAAUCGUACCUUCUACCAAAAUCUUUGCAAAGUUCAUGGGGAGUCUGACUGGUCCUUUUACCACACACUGCACUCGACUCGCGGAAAGAAUGAUUAUGACGAGGCCUUCUUUUUCGAAGCGCGAAGCUGGACUUAUGCUGAACUACGGGGAGAGAUUGGAAGAUUGGCUGAGGCUCUGCAAGCUUUGGGGAUCAGAAACAGAACAGUAGUUGCGAUGUAUGUUAAUAACUCACCUGACUUUAUGUUCGCGUGGUGGGCCUUGUAUAAGAUUGGAGCAAUCCCUCCCCCAGUCAACACAUCAAUAACCCGAGAGCCACUGAAGCAUUGUUUACGAGUCAGCGAAGCUGAAUUUCUGAUAACCACAUCUGAGCUAUUUGACGCUGCUGCAACCAGCCUGGAUACCGCAGGUAUUGACUACGGCACCUACGACACUGUCUCGCAGUCUCUGCCUGCCCUACACAACAACACGCUCAAGCAUCAACGCCUGCAGCCUGUCACGCCGCAGUCGGCGGACUGGCCCAGCGAGUCAAGGCCUGUGGUGCGAGCCGAAGAUACUUCGCAGUACUUGUUCACAUCAGGGACGACAGGGCCUCCGAAGGCGUCUGUAUGGCCCGCAGCAUACAGCAUGAUGGCAUGUGGAUCCCUCAGAUGGCCGCUAAUGUUCCAGAAGCCUCGUCGAUUUUAUAUAUCCACACCCAUGUUUCAUGGAGGUGCCGCCUUUGCUGUCCUCCCUUCUACGCUUGCCACAUCUGGAACAGUCAUUCUGGCGAGAAAGUUCUCGGUCUCGAACUUUUGGAAAGAUCUGCGCCGGAGUAGAGCUAAUGCGAUGUUCUACAUCGGGGAGAUGAUUCGCUUCCUCGUCCGAGCCCCGAUAGACCCUCACCACCCUGACGAAAAGUCUUCUCACAGCCUGGAGCCGAUAUAUGGCUUGGGAUUGAAUGCGCCAGUAAUUCGUGCAUUUCGGGAAAGAUUUGGAGUGCCGUGGAUUGUGGAGUACUACGGAUCGAGCGAGGGAACAACCAGUAUUGCACAUGGCACUCUACAUGACGCAGACAAAGGCGUAGGCAAAGUCGCCUGCUGGGGUCCAUUCAUGCGAAGCCAGUACUUUGGACAAGACGCUUUCUAUAUCAUCAAGGUGGACCUGGAAACAGGCGAAGUUCGGAGAGACCCUAAGACCGGCUUCUGCAGACAGUGCGCCUUUGACGAAGUUGGGGAAGCCAUCACACGUAUCGCUCCGCCCUUGCAAAGAACACAUGAUUAUGUUGGAGAAGAUGGCGAAGAGGCCACAGAAAAAAAGCUCCUAAGAAACGUUUUCAGAAACGGGGACUUGUUCUUCCGAAUGGGAGAUGCACUGUCUCUGGAUCGUAACGGCCAUGUUACUUUUUGUGACCGUCUUGGGGACACGUUUCGUGCAAAAGGACACAAUAUUUCCACCGCUGAGGUCGAAGCAGCAUUUUUGCAUCACCCAUACAUUCGAUCGGCGAACGUCUAUUCAAUACCCAUGAACAAAUAUGGCUACGAAGGACAGCUUGGAUGUGCGGCAAUCACCCUGAUCCAAGGUCAAACCAAAGACUCGGCUGCGCUGGAGAGCCUGGAGGCAUUGGAGGGGUGGUUCAUCAAAGAAGGCGGCAUACCCCCAUACGCAGUUCCUCGAUUUCUUCGAGUCAUGCCAACUCUCGCCACUGAUGCUGCUGACUUGAACGGCAGUGAAGAUCUAACUGGCGAGCGAGUGUCGACAAUCAUGAAAAAGCUCAAGACGGGCCUGAGGGCAGAAGCUCUAGACCUGGAUCCACCGGGUCGCGAUAAACUCUUUUGGAUCGAAAGAGAAGGAAGCGGCUUUGUCAGCCUGGAUGUCCUGGCGGACAUAUGGAAUUCAUCCGAGCCUGAGAAGGUGGACACGCAAGAGGGUCACGAAGCUUGA